AUGGCUCCAACUCGUGAUGCCAUGCCCACCAAGGGGCGCGUCGCCCGCUUCAUCGGCAGACAGAGGCGCCCGUCUGUUUCCAUCCCCGACAGCAUACCCCUUGAGAGUCUUGACAUGUCCAACGCCAACGUGUCUGACGUCUCACUGUCACACAUGGACCACUCCUCAGACAACAGGUCCGACUUGAGCCUCAGCUCCUCCGGAAGCUGGAGAAGGAAGAGCAUCAGCGGCAAGCCUUUGCUGUUCAAGCCUCCCUCUCUCCGCUUCCGAGGACGUCCUGAGCUUGACAAGCCGUGGAGGCGUUCCAACACGGACCCCACAUAUCCGUCCGCCGACGACAGCCACGACUCUGACACCGAGUCCAAGUACAGCUUCGACUCUCGAUCCACUAUCACCAACGCAACGAGUGUGGCCUCGGAUGAGGAUUCAUACCCCAGCAAGUCUGAUUCCUUCGCUGCCACUCGCACCACGAGGCCUUUUGCCCCAGAAAAGCAGGUCGUCACCUCGGAGAAGCAAGUCGUGAAGACCAGAGCCGCGCCUGUCGCCCCGGCUAAGCCCGCCAGCCUCCGUGGGGCCCGUAUUGACAUCGUCGCCCCCAUCCAACGGCCCCUUCGCAUUGAAGUGGCAGCUCCUGCCCCCGCUCCUCCUGUGAUCCAGCGAAUCUCUUCCUAUGAGCUCCGUGAGCGUGAGAGAGUCGAAGAUGGUCUCCACAAGGAGAUCUCACGCAUGAGAGAGGAGACAAGAAGCCUCCUUGGCAAGCAAUCCGACACCGACAAGAAGCUUGAGGACGCCCUUGAGAGGCUCUCAACACUAUCCUCGGACAAGGAGUUCACGGAACAACUACGAAGAAAGGAACAGAAGAUCAAGGACAGGGUCGUCCGUGACUUUGAGGAACAGGGCCGACUUCUUGACGACGUACAGAGCACCCUUAGUGAGCGUGAGAGGAGGCUUGAGUACGUGGAGAGAGAACGUGACGAGCUCAAGGACGUCAAGGAGCAUCUGGAGGCCAAGUCCAGCGAGCUCGAGAUCAAGACCAGUCAGCUUGAGGCCAAGUCUAAUGAGCUUGAGGCCAAGUCUAAUGGACUCGAGGCCAAGUCUAAUGAACUCGAGGCCAAGUCCAGUGAGCUCGAGGCCAAAUCUAGCACGCUUGAGGCCAAGGCGAGCGAGCUUGAGGCUCAGAUUGCCUCAGAGAGAGGCUCUAAGAACGAACUUGCUUCCAAGCAUGCCGAACUUGAGAAAGAACUCACAUCUGAGCAGAAAAUCAGAGAGCACUUCGAAGCUCGCUGCUCCAACUUGGAGAAGGACCUCGGCGACGUUCACGCCGUCACCAAGGACACCGAGCGUGCUCUCAUCGAGAGAGUCGCCGCCCUUGAGCUCACCAAGGAUGCUCUCAAGCUUCGCGUUUCCGGACUCGAGACCGAGCUUGUACGCAAGGGCACCGAGAUUGGAGACAUCACUGCCGAGCGAGAACUUCUCCGCCUCGAUGCUGAGAGGUACAAGCCCCAAGUCGACGCUCUCAACAAGGAGAACGGAGCCCUCGCCGAAGCCAACAAGGGCUUGCAAUCUCGCAUCGACGACUUGGACGAACAGAAGAAGGGUCUCGAGGCCAACGUCGACAAGCUUGAGACCGAGAAGAAGGAUAUCCAGGACCGUUUCAACGCUAUCGAGGCCGAGAAACAAGAGAUCGAGGUCCGAGUCGCGGAGCUCGAGACCACUAACACCGACCUCCUUUCUCGCUUCGAAACUCUUGAAAUCACCAAGGGCGAGCUUGAAAUCAGCAAGGCAAAGCUGGACACCCGCGUGAAGGACCUCGAAGGUGUUCAGACCAAGUACGACAAGCUCAAGACCCGCAUCGAGACCAUCAAGGAACAGAACACCACCCUUAAGUCCCAGGUCGGAUCGCUCCUCAGUGAGCAAGACGACCACACUUCUCAGAUUCUCAGCUUGUCCGAUGAGCGCAUCACCCUGAAGGAUGAGAACUCCUCGCUGAAGGAGGAAAAUGCAUCCUUGGCUGGCGAGAACGCCUCUCUCAAGGAUGAGAACGAGUCCGUCACGAGCGAGCUCCGCCGUGCAGAGUCCUUGAUGGGAUCAGCCGCGCCAUCUAUUGUUGCAUCCUCGGUCGUGUCAGAGAGUGAUGCCGGCAGCGAUGCUGGUACCGUCAAGGCCGAAGAUGACGAUGCGGCCCCGCCAGCAGCUCCUACGGACGCACCCCCAGCGCCUCCUACGGACGUAGCACCCGCCGAGGAGGUCAAGGAUGAUGCUGCUAGCGUCAAGUCUGAUGCUCCGUCUCAGGCCGAGAAGGCGGCUCCGGAGACUGAGCCGGAGGUCCCACCUGCACCCGAAGUGGGCCCGGCCGAGGCGGAUGCCAAAUCCGAGAAGGCCGAAUCCGUCGCAUCCACUCCCUCUGAGCCCGCCGUCAUGGAGGAGCUUCGCCAACGCAUCGCUGAGCUUCAGGAGCGUAACGAACAGCUCCAGGGAGAGGCGGUCAAGCUCGGCUCACUCACCGCAGAAAGGGACGGCCUCGCCGCCCGUGUCUCGGCUCUCGAACCGGAGAGAGACGGCUUGUCCGCUCGCAUUGCAGCUCUGGAGCCCGAAGCCGGUCAAGUUCCCCAGCUUACCGCUCGUCUUGCGGCUUUGGAGCCCGAGGCUGUUCUUGUCCCUCAGCUGCGCCAGGACAACCUUUCGCUGACGGCCCAACUCGGAGCCGUCAACGCCCAGCUCGAUGGUCUCCGCGCCUCGUACGAGGCGUCCGUGGCCGAAGUCGACAGCCUCAAGCAGCAAAUUGGCUCUCUGCGUGUGCGCCUGUCUUCGCCAUCUGGAGAGUCGAAGAAGUCGUCGUCACGUACCAAGACCAAGGACAACGACAAGAAGAAGGAACAGUUGGUGGUGGUGCGGGACCCCAACGAGCGUGGCAGAAUUGCGGUCAUGCGACGAAGCGACUUGCGCGCGUUGAGGUCGUCAUCCCAAUCGGAGGGUGACAAGAGCGACUAA